CCUGUUUCUUUUUCACGUUCAGAAACAGAAGACCAAGCACGUGUUAGGUUUCAAGUUGAACUGGAGCUUGUACAGUGUCUCGCCAAUCCUCAUUAUCUCAAUUGUAAGUGUCUGUGUUGUUUCUCAAGUCUUAUGUCCUAGCUGGAGCUUUAGGAUGUCUUAUCUUAAAAUGAAAGAUAAAUGCAAAUGGAACACUUGACGGCCCACUCCGCUCAUGUUCAACAGAAUACAGAGACAUGCAUAUUGAAACAAUGUUUAAAACCUUCCCCUAAGGCUGGCGGUAUGCCGGGGCGAGGGGGGGUGGGGGGACGGGGAAGGGUCCCAUUUGAAAGUUAAGGGGUAGGGUUACCAGGGCUGGACAUUAACAGCUGCGCCCAGGGCAACUAAAACUUUUAUCCAGGCAAUUAAUUUUAGUAUCCUAGUUGCCCGAUCUGCAAUUUCUGUGAAAGUUGUAGGUUAAUAUGACAUGACUCAGUAUUUUUGUAUCAAGUCUAUCUUUUGUAUUAUCAAAACUGUUUUAUACUUGUAAAGGUUUGUAUUUACAUGCAUCAUGCGCGACUGCAGAAAAUUAAAAAAGAUUGAAAUAUGAUCUUGAAUAGUCACUGCAAAUCAUUUUCAAAAGCUGGAAUGGUUUUGCGAGCCUUUCACAAAAGUUACCACAAAACGUACAGCAAAAAAAUGGGGGGUGUGGUUAACCUUGAAUAAAUGAUAAAAGAAACCUUUGAGUGUACCUUUCGUGUUCGUAGCAAGAUAAAAAAUGCUACAAACCUGCAGGAGUAAUGUCACAAGUAAUUUGAGACCUCUUGCUUUUCCACAGAUCGCAACUUUUUAUCAGUUUUUACUUCAUGCAAUAGCGGCCUAACAUUUCUAAUGCUGGGGUGAAAAGUCAUAAUUUUAAUAUCGAAGGGGCUGGGGGGGGUGGGGGGUAGGAUCCUUUUGUCCCUGUUCAUGCGUCCCUUUUUUUAUUCCAGAUAAGGUAUAUCAAACAAGUAAAGCAAAUUCUCUAUACUCAAGCCCCAUUCGUUUUUACACUGCAUUUUUUCUACAGUGUAACUUUGUUGUGGAAAAAUCUCCUUGGGGACAAGGGGGGGGGGGAGUACUCAACAAAGGUUUAUAUGGGUAGGCCCUGCCCCAAGGUUCAAACUUUGUAUCCCUUUAACUUCUGUAAAUGCACUGUUUUUAGAAUAAUUAAUAAAUUACAAAACAAGAACAUUUCUUCGACUUUUUGACAGCCAUAAAAUGCAUCUGUUUUUUGGGGGACGUUUUUACAGACUGAAAUGACAGAUUUCCCUACCCUUUCAUGUACUUCAACAAGUGAAAUCCCUACCCUUUCAUACACCUGAAGCCUAAAAAAGGUGCCCCCUUUCAGGUGGAGCCUCCCCAUAUCGGCUAUUAUAGGGACCACCCUUCUCUCCCCCCCACCCCCCUCCCUCCCUGGAAAUAAUCUCACAAAGAAUGUCAGAGCUAUCAGAACCUAGAAGUUUUACAGGCUAGCACAGUCUGAUUAUUGUAUGGCUGGUUCAAUUUAUAUUUUUUAUUAAAUUAAUAAGAACAAUAAUUUAUUGUUCUUUUUCUGUUUGCAUGCACAGUUUUGGCCCAGAGAGGUUACUUCAAAGACCAGUCUUUCAUAAAUUACCUCAACUAUCUUCUGUACUGGAAGAAACCAGAGUAUGCAAAGUUCCUAAAGUAAGUUAAAACUUUUUUAAAAAAUUCACACUGUUAUAUCUCAAGGUGGUAUGCUGGACUUCCCAGGAACAGAAUCAACAUUGUGCUUCAUUUCUAGACUUCAUUUAAUUUUGAUUUCUUUAUGUUUCAAACUUAUUAUCGUAAAUUUCCAUACCCAGAGAACAAACAGAAGUGGACUUAAAAUCCAAAAAAUAAAAUCGAACCACAACUUAUACAAUAACAUUAAAAGGUUAUUUUAUAAGUUGUGUUUCAAUUUUAGUUUGUACAUAAAAGUAAUCUUAAGAAUAUUCUGGGCAGAUUGUAUAAUUGUAAUAAUUUGUUAGCCAAGGAAGAGAAGUCUGAGUCUAAGUUUUUUUUGUUUUUGUUUUUGUUUUUUUUUUUAACACUUCUGUGAGCAUGGCAAAAGUGUCUGUUUUAGUAGGGAGGGUCAUGCUCGAUUUUAUGCAAAUUGCAUAUUCUUUGUUGGAUUUAAUUUUCACUAUUUAGGCUAAGAACGACUUGAAUUUUUUUUUGAGUUUUCAUACUUUCUUUCAGAUAUCCCCAGUGCCUACAUUUUCUGGAACUUCUCCAAUAUGAACAUUUUCGUCGAGAACUUGUCAACCCUGCAUGUGCCAAGUUCAUUGAUGAACAGCAAAUUCUCCACUGGCAGUAUUACUGUAGGAGAAGAAUGAGGAUGACUUUACCAAAACCAGGACAAACUGGUUCUGAACCAUCCGAGCAGUGA